AUAUUAGGGCAUGCAUUGAAAUAGGCGCGGCUCGAUUCAAUUUCGUGAGACCCUGCCAGCUGCCUGUUGUUGCUUGUUUCGAGGUCGUGCUUCGGCUUGCGACUCACAGGUGUCUGAACAUGAAGCCAAGGCUCAAGCGACUGUCCCCUCUUUGAAGUCAAACAAGUCUUAUACAGACAAUACCUAGGUAGAGAACUGCUGAAAAUGGGGUCUGAGGGAAUUCAAAUCACUAUCCCUGACUUUGACGAUGACGAUUUCAAUUCUACGCCUCUGUUUGGUCGUCCCCAAGGAGCCAGUAUAUGGGGAACCUCCGCUGGCUCUGGAUCAGAAUCCCCUACUAUCUUGACACCCGUAGUCGAACGCAACGAGAGAAGUUACUUUCAUUCUCGCGGAGACUCCGUAGCUUCGGAAGACUCUUCGCAUUCCAUACAACUGACUGGCAAAAAGAUUCGAUCACCAUUCGCUCAUUCAGCUCAAUCUUCUGUUGCUACCACUACAAGCGGCUCACCCUUCUCGAAGAAAGGAUCUUUUGCAUCUCUUAGAAACGCAUUCAAGAGUUCAAAGUCCAAUGAGGCUGCUCCACCAUUACCACCGCUGGAUCAGCAGGCCUAUCCAGCGUUGAAGAAUCCGUUCAAUCGUUCAACAUCUUCUCUUGCUCAUGUUUCUCGUCCUUCAACCCAUACUAGCCCGCCGCAGUUCAGGCCUUCAACACCCGCCUCGAAUGAUUCCAGGACACGGAGGACACCUUCUCGGUCGAGAGGGCAUUCCAGCGCGAGGUCUCAACAUUCUUACUCCGGAUCUAUCUUUCACUUCUCAGAUGGAGGUAGUGACCAUGGCCAUGGAUUCUCUUUGUCCUCCCCUCCACCCGUCCCUCCGGUACCUCACAGCUUUGGUCAAUAUCCUGUCAUCGAAUCCGACUCCAUACCUGAAAUGGAAGAACAAGUAGUCAUGGACGCAAGGACGCCUUCUGAUUUUGCACUACAUGCUAUCUUCAUUCGCUUUGCAGCAUCCGCCGAGUCUUUAAUAACCGAAUUCAUUGCACAACCAUACGACCAUGAACCCCUCCUGGACGCUUUCAUGGGCCCCGGGGUAGAUAUUCACUUUGACGGCUUGCUAGAUUCCCUCGGCAAGAUCGCUCAGAAGCACGCCAAGUCUGUCGUAGAGUCUGUCAUGCGAUGGCGAAGGAGUCAAGUUGACGGGUCUGAUCUUCAGCGUAGCCAAUACAGCGUAAAGGCAGUCCGUACUCUGGAUUCCACGGCUGUCGUAGCCGAACGGAAGAUGCUCACCUCCACAUACAUCAUGUGUCGCGCGCUUGUGACCGCAACGAAGGGCAACUCAAAAGAUUCUCUAGGGGAGGCUGUAGGAAAUAGUCUCGAAGACAUGACCUUCGAGCAGUUCCGUCGACCGGAUCACAAAACACUCACCCAGUCUGUCAAUCAUCGAGCAAUUGCCGAUCUAUAUGCAGUCUUGCUAGGAAAUCUGGCUGAAAUCCGAUUCGAAUCUGUCACAGAUCGCUUCUUACGUGAACUAGGUCCUAUCGCCGAGGGCCAGAUACCGAAGGAUUCGGAUUUUAAAUUUGAGACUCUCGUGAAAGGCUUGCGAUAUGUGCAGAUCAAGGUCUGGCCGCCGGAACGUUUCGAAGAGGGUGCCGAAUUCUUUGAGUCGCUCUCGAAGUCAUUUGGUAAUGCGCAUGGUAUUCGUCUGAAGUCCAUCUUUGCGGAGACCCUUGUGCAUAUGCUUCAUCCUAUCGCAAAGACUGCACAAGCAGAAGUCAAUCACCCUGACUGGGCAAAGGCCAUUGAGAUGGUUUAUCCCAAGGCAAAAGAUAUGAUGAGUAAACCUCGGUAUUGGCACGCGGCCUAUCCUCUAGCUGUCACCAGCUUGUGCGUCGCGCCCACCGAGUUUUUCCUGCGCAACUGGAUGUCCUGCUUCGAAGCAGGGCUCAGUAAGAUGAAGGAACGACCUUACCGCAUGACAGUGUUGAAUGGCAUGAUGCGUUUAGUGUGGACGUAUCUCUAUCGAUGUCAUGAGCCAGCGUCUACAGCAUCCUCCAAGCUCGAGUCACUGGUGAAGCACUUCUUCCCUCCUAACCGGCACACUGUCAUCCCGCAGGAAGAACGCUUAGAACCUUUCAUCUACAUCAUUCAUUUCAUCCUGUCUCGACACGUUGACUUGGGUAGCGAAAUAUGCCUUGAUCUUCUUCAGGCGAGAAUCGUGGCGUCCCCACAGACAAACGCUACGAUUAACCUAGCACCGGAACGAAUGGCUAUCGCCACGCAGGCCAUUCUCCUUACCUUGCAUUUGUUUGAACGGGAAGAAUCUGUACCAUCGUGGCCAUGUAGCGCUGACUUCGCCUCUGUCCCUUCAACCUCGGAGUAUCCUACGUCCUCGGAUCUGCUGUCAUCACCUCUCUCGCGACAUGGAGUACAGGAUCUGCUAGAGCAAAGCAGUAAUUGCUUGACCACACUCGCCAGCCUCUGCUUCCAAUCAGUGGGGCGGAUGUCGAUCUUUGACGAUCAGUGGUCAUCUGCGCGACUCGGGCCUACCUUCGAGGAGGCACAUAACCAUAUCAUCCGACAUCAUCCUGAAGGUAGUUACGCAUACCCGCAAUCUUUGUUGGCACAGAUUAGCACUUUGCAGACCGCUUUCCGUGCAUGGCCGCGCUGUCUUCAUCCCAAUCUACCUUUGGAUGAUGCACUAGACAUGCUUCUCCGCGGCGUUGUUCAUGUGGAACCUGCAAUUGGAGACGCCGCGUCGCAGGCUCUCGCACGCUUCCUGAAGACUAGCGCGCACACGCAGACCCUACUUAUCCGCUUUUGUGCAUAUCUUUUUGAUCCCCAGCGAAUAUCCAGCGAGGGCUCCAGCGUUCGCCUCGUAUCAGAUAGCGUACGAUUGCUUGAACUUUGGUUCACAACCCUGGAUACUUGGGUGGAGAAUACUGUUGCUCAAGCUACGGUGAUAUGGAGUGAAUCCGAGAGAGAAUUGAUUGUCAAUCUUCUUCGCGACGCUGAAGCCGGUUGUCUUUUCCUCCUGUCAAGUUAUAAACCUGAUGCAAUUGCGAUCGCUGUGAAAGCCCUACGACGACUCGGAACCCUCCUUGCACAUAUCUAUCCAGGCUCCUCAUCUCCAACCCCGGAAGGUCCAACGCAAUCUUUUGAGGUCGUCAAUGCCCUUCUCGGUCUGCUUUCGCCAGAUCUCUAUCUGAAUGGUUCAGAUGAUCUACUGAAUGUCGAUGAACUUGCACGCCUAAGCCAGUGGAGGAACUCCUCAAAUUUGGAUGUGGCCUUGCAGAUCGCCGAAAGCGAUAACAUCAUGGAUCGAAAUCUCUGGUUACAUGUAUAUCCUGCGUUCAUGCACGCCUGUGUAGAGCAUCAUCCACCUACUACUGAACUGCUGCGCGAGAAACUAAAGAUUGCCGUUGCCCGAUAUCAUCCUCUCAUAUUUCCCCUUUCUGGUAUUUUGCUCCGGUCACCUUUAGGUGGAUCUGCGCGUUCUGGCUCUGUCGUGGAGAAGGAGGGUGCAAAGGCUGUGCUGGAGAGCAGGUAUCUAGUGCAUCAAUGGCAUCUUUGGCUCAAGCUACUCUGUACUACUGCGCCGGUUCCCGACGUGCGUUCGACGGCGCGAGAUCAUAAUCGUGCACGCUCGGAGGCCAAUGUAGAGCGAGAAAGUCUGAGCAAUUCUCGAGACUUGUUCAAGUAUCUCGGCCAGUUCCUUGACUCGGACCAUAGUGCCUUCCGCGAUGUCGCGGUCUCAUGCAUUAGCUCGCUGCCACCCUAUGGAUAUUCUGUGUUGCUAGAAGACCUUAGCCCGCUUGCUGCUCGUCAAUUCUAUGAUGAUGUGAGGUCAAAAUCCGGCUCGAUCCCGUCUAUUGGCCGAGGUCGCCGUCAUGAACGCUUCCACACUGCGGUAGCCCGUAUAUACUUCCUAACUGCACAUCACCUCCAGAGUCAACGGUCUUCAAGCAAGCAGACCGCGCUUACUCACGUACUCAAGUAUAUUCGUAACAUGCAGACCUUCCUGUCGGCGCUGGAGAACCGGGACACGUUUUCAAUGCAGCGUCUUCGGCGAUAUUUCUGUGGCACGGUGGAGCGGCUGUUUGACGGUCUAGCUAGUUUGAACGAUUCGGAUCGCUUCAUCCCACCCGGAAUGCAUCUGGCACUAUACCGUAUGUGCGAAGAGUGGUGCCAAUUAGGCAAGCAGUCUGACACAGUGAAGAAACGCCUCAUCGUUAUGCAGUCCGCGGCCGCUCACUCUUACCAAGAUCCAGCUGGUCAAGCAGAAGCAAUUCAACGUUUUCAAACUGAAACAAGAGCUCUUUCCAACGCUGCAGUUGGUGCAAUGGCAUCCCUCAUCCACAAGGCAUUUUUCCCACCCGAUGUUACGGCUUCCCCAGUCGAUAAGUUGAACGCUGAGCAAUACGAACCGAUGAAAGCUUCUCCUACGCUGGAACGUAUCACGGCUAUCUUAGCUUCCUUUCAAGACAACUUGCAAGCAUGUGGAAAGAAAGCUCUCCGUUCUCUUCUGGUACAUGCUACAUACGACGAUGUUUUUGCCGAGGAAGCGUUGAGGCGAGCAUUUGUGACCACGCGCGACCUGAGUACGAGCAACGCCCGUUUCUUCGAAGUGCUGUCUGAGGUGGUGUGCAACGCAGAGCACGGCUUCAACUUCAGUCAGGUCGUAUGCCUUGGUUUAUCGAACCUCUGCCAUCCUCUCGUUGAGAUUCGGUAUCGGGCAUUCAACAUGCUUGAAACCAUACACGAACAAGCGUCCGGCAUCCUGUCCAUGGUUCAAUACGAGGCUGCUGUAGGAAGCUCAGCACCGAGCACCUACCUUCAUGCACAUCGAUUGAUCUCGGACGUGCUCUCCGGGGAGCACCCCGAUCAAGCCCUAAAUGUCUUGGCCCAGUUCGCUGGAUGGAUCCCUCAAGUUUUCGAGAAUCGAGGAGACCAAGGUGCUCUCAUCUUGCUCCAAAGCUUAGAGUUCUGGGUCCCAUGUAUCGACUUGAUGGCAGAAAAUAAGUCGAGGCUUUCGCGUGAAGGCCGGUCAGCCAUAUACCACCUUGUGGCACUCACAUUGCGCUAUGCGGAGACUCAUGCGGAACAGAUCUUUGUUCUCUGGACCCGACUUGUCGAUGCGCCGUAUCAAUCAAAUGGACACGCAGUCGUCCGCUUCUUGCUUGAAGAGUCUAACAAAGUUGGAAGUGCCAUUUUCGCCAGUUGUGCGGCCAAGAUUGUCGCAUGCCUUUCUCAAAGCGUCGUUGGAAGAGAGCUCUUUGUUGAGUUGUGCAGUGUCAUAGAGCCUGCCCGGAUGCCUGUCAAUAUGGAGCAUAGACUGGUACUACCAGAUGCGGAAGAACUGGAGAUGUGGUCUGACCUUGAUAUACUUUUCUCGGACCAACCCCGCCUGCCGUUGGGCGUGGCCCCAUUUUCCCUCCUCUUCCUUGCUGAAACUUCUUUGGAGCGGUACUGGGAUUUUCAGGAACAACUGCCAGUGCUUUUACACUGCAUCUUCAUGCAUCUCGAUCAUCGACAGGCCUUCGUUCAAGAACGUACAAGACAUUUGCUGUUUCAAAUGCUCCGGUCCUGCGUACCAGGUUAUGACGAGCUACCUGAUCGGUUGUUAUAUCCUGCGCGUUCAGAGCUGAGGAGGGCCAUAGCUGAAUUGCAAAAGGAAGUCAAAGGCAACCUGUGGAAGGAGGAUGAUCCAAAUAGCCGGACAGUUCCCAGGAUGAGAUGGCUCUGCAGUCGAAUCCUUGAGGUCAUGGAGCCUUUAUGUCCAACAAUUUCCGAAGAGUGGGGUGCUCUUGCCCUCAAAUGGGCGGUGGAAUGUCCAAUGCGUUCGAUCGCAUUCAGGUCCCUACAAUUAUUCCGUGCUUUGAUGCCGAAGUGGAAGAGGCAUGACGUGGCCCAACUAUUGGGACGACUUUCUAUUACGAUAGCCGACACCGAUGUGAACCUCAACAAGUUCAAUGUCGAAGUUCUCAUGACAUUGACCGCCAUGGCUUCGUCGGAAGAACUGGAAACUGCGUUGCCUCAGAUGUUUUGGGGUGCAGUUGGGUGUCUUUCCACAACCGCGGAAGAGGAGUUCCAAGCCGUAUUGAGGCUUCUGGAUACACUUUUGGAUAGAAUUGACCUUGACGAUCCUCAGACCGCAGACCUGCUCGUUUCACAACGACCUCCAGAUUGGCAAGGUUCUGUUACUCUCCAAUCUUCCCUCUUGACAGGAUUGCGUUCGUCCUCCACCGUAGGCGCUACGCUCGAACUCUUGCAACAUCUCGCUAAAGUGGGUGAUGCGCGGCUCAUUGACCCGACCGAGGGACGCGUUCGCGAUUUGUAUACGUUGUCUCUGCCGUGGUGUUUGCAUGCCAUGUACACUGAAUCAUCUGACGAGGCCUUACAAGAGUUCGCGAUAAAUAUUGGACACCUUGCCGAAGAGGAGGAAAGACCAAGUUUGACCCGUAUCAUGACGUCUUUUGCGAAGGGCCGUUUCCGGACCAAAGACGACUUCCUGCGUCAGUCAGUAGCGGCGCUUCGAGAGCAUUACGGCGCGGAACAUUGGACAGAAGUCAUGACUCUUCUUAUGGGGCUUGUGCUCAAUAAUGAGCGGUGGCUCCGUGUACGCACGAUGCAGAUCCUCAAAGUGUUGUUUCAACAAAGAGAAACUCGGGCUCCGGUAGACUUCCUAGGUUCCGAGCUUCUCAUGCCGCUUUUACGACUCUUAGAGACAGACCUCGCUACAGAAGCUUUGGACGUCUUGGAGGAGCCACUGAAAAUAUCCGGCGGCCCGUCAGCGAGGCACGUCCUGCGGAUGAGCAUGCAUCACCGUCUGGCUGCGGAUACAAAAGAGGUUGAAUCUGUUGCUGAAGUGUUUGGUAUCGCGGAGGAGACAGGCUGGUGUGUUCCACGUGCCGCAGUCCUACGUGCCGUUUGUCGUUCAAACCUCAGGGCCGUGUUUGACUCCUGCAAAGUUCAUUCACGUCCCUCCCGGAUCAACUUCCAGCCAGACGAGAUUCCCACUCUGGCUCAAGACUCGUCCGAUAACCUGGGCGAGCUGGUCCAGAACCUGCAUGAACUCAGUAGUUUCUUCCAGGAGCAACGGUCUUCGAACAGUAUACCAAGCAAGCAAUUGGAGGCACGGGUAGCCGCUAUUCUGGCCAAGUCGACCGAUGAUGUCCCACAAACUCCUCUGGUUGACAUAUUCGACAUUGGGUCUUUGACACCGUAUCAGGAUACAGAUAGUGCGUCAGGAAGUGAUACGGAGUCAGAUCUAUUCGAGUUUGAUUCUCCUCAGAUUGCCCAGUCUCCCAAUGGUUUCCAUCGUACACAUUGAUUCUCGUUAUAUUGACAUGUUAUAUCGCUCUUUACAGUCUUUCAUUAAUUUAAUUUCAUCCUCUAGUCCAUUUUCCCUUGCAGAUCUCGGUCGUUCAUUCACCAUCGUUCCUUUGUUUCUUCAUUCGUACACUGGCUCAUAAUGUAAUAUCUAGCAAGCACGUAUCUGUAUGUAUAUAUUACUGUAUUCGUAGCUAGUAACUCAUUAGACUAAUAUAUACCAUCCUGUCUAUACCCAAAAUGUCCGCAAAGUAAUCAGUAGAAUGUAACAAUCAGCAUCGUUCGAA